AUGACCGGAGCCGACGAUGACCGAAGCGAUUCUCGAGCAAGCCGCGAACAGCUACACCAAUAUGGGUUGAUGCAGUCGUCUCACGAGGAACGAUUGCAUCGAGAACAGCAAGAGGAGAAAGAGCAGAGACACCAAUAUCCGCCCAACCCGCUUUCAGGGUUCAAGCGGACGGUCGACGGUACAUUCGAGGCAUUAGGUGGCCUACUACGGCAUACCUUCGCUGGUCGCACAGAUGAGAUGGCAGAGAUCAACAGGCGUUGGACUGGCAGCGAAGAGUGCGAGCCGAUGCGGGAUCCAUAUUCGCCGCCUCUAGGCCCGCCUGAUUGCGAAGUCAUGCGGGAAUUGAUGACCUCCAUCGAGCAGUCGAUUGCGAGGAACGAGCACAUCCCAUAUGAGUUAAUACACGGCCUUUACCGGGAUCCGGAGAGUGCAGGAAGUUUGCAUCGGGCAAAUCGGUGGUUGUCGGUGGAGUGGUUCAAGCGUAACCCAUAUUCGCCUAUUAGGCUGGAAGCACAUCCGCAGCUCGGACAGGCAGGCACAAAAUGGAGAGAAGCUUUCGAGGAGUUGAUGAACGCCUCACUCGGCAAACCGAUCGACUCCAGAGACUCUGUGACCAUGAAGAAUUCGACCUUCCAGCCAACACGGACUGCGCCUGGCUUGGACUGGAUGUUCAGCCUGCAAUCUCGUGGCAUAUUGCCUCCGCUGCUUCCAACUCAUUUUGGGCGCUCCCCGAUCUCUUCAGGCAUAGAUUUCAGGGUUGAAGAAGAUGCGGAUUUCGAAAACUUGUAUGCGGCCUUAUGGGCCCGGCAUGCCCAAGACCCUAAUGAUGAACUUGAGAUGUAUGAGGCACUCGAGCGUGACACAUCUCCGGAGGAAGCGUCCGAGAAUAGUGACAGCGGGGAGUCGAGUAGUCAGGCCAAAGCAGAGCUCGAGAAAGCACAGUUGACUGCAGUCAAAGCAAGCCAGCUCGAUGGGCCUGUGCCACCAGAAACCAAAUCAGGGUUGUGUCUGACUGGGGAUCAGCAAGAAGACUUCGAUGACGCUAACUAUGCGUUAUGGGAAGCGCUCUGGGCCAAGAAUGUCGACUUCGCAUCCAGAGUCCUCUCCGACUGGCACAAAAUGUACGACAGCGUGGAAGAGCUAGUCGACGCUCCAUGGCAAAACUUUCUCCGAACAUCAGGUCUGGCACCAACUUCAGAAUGGUUCUCUAUCUUGACAGAGGCUCUUCGACAGAGUCAAAUACCGGAGGACGACGUUCACAAAGACACAGCCUUCUCAGCGCAGACGAAGCAACUAGAGCGCGUUGACAGACUUCCGAUGGAUGAGAAGCGGUAUCGGUAUGAUAUGCGACAACGAGUGAAGGAGCUGUUGUCGGAUGCUAUGAAUGAGGAGACUUCGGCUGAGCUUGCGAGGGCGUCAACAUCGGAUCUGGAGCAGUUCCUGGAGAGGCUGGAGCAGGAGAACGACAACCUGGAGGCCAUGUUCGCUGGUCGCGCGGAGCUGGGACCCCCAAGGGAGGUCGUUUCCGUCCGCAAAGCCGAACUUGCGGAACCGAGGAACCCCGAAGUGCCACAACGUACAAACGACGAACCGCGAAAGCCAGACGUCCUCUCAAUCCUCAGCACGACCCAGACAACGCGCCUACCAGACGGGACAGUGACGACCAAAGUCGUACUCAAGAAGCGCUUCGCAGAUGGACGAGAGGAGUCCACAGAAAGUACGCAUACCAGAAACGAGCUCGCCGAGGAGAAUGCGAAGCAGCAGGCACAGGCUGCGGAGGACAACGAGGAGAAGAAGCCGUGCGGGUGGUUCUGGUCAUGA